AUGAACCAGCCAUGCCUUAUAUUCUCUGAAGCUCAGAUUCUGAUUCGAAUCCUCCUCCAAAACCCUAGAUCUUUCCACCAAAUUGAAGAUCCUAUCAAUUUCCCAAUCCCAUGGCUAUUAUUCCUCGCUCAGAUCCACCUUCACGGAUCCAUCCCGAACCACAAACCCUAUAAUUUGACCACUUCGAAUCCUCUUUGCGGUAAACACCUUCACUUUGGCCUCUCCAGGUCCUUAACAGAUACGCAGCUAUGCGACGGAAGGGGUGCACCGGCGGCGCCGCCGUUGGCCAUUGGAUACGCAGCAUCUGAUUCAUUCACCACCAAGCGUCUACAAUUAGGGUUGGUGAAGGAGGCGGAACCGCGGAAGGGUCGACGAAACGAGGGGAAGCGUUUGUAA